AUGCGAUUUCGAUUGCACUUGGCCAUCGACGACGAAGUCGUCGGGAACAUCAACAUGGAUUGCCGCGCGGCAGAAAAGAAGAUUGUGUUCCGCAUGCAGAACCGUGCGUUGGUGCUUUUGGAAACGCACAUCACAGCCAUUAUGCGGCCGCCGCCGUCGGCUUCGUUGACAUGUGAUGAUACUCAGUUCACCAUUGCCACUACGUUGUCGCAUUCCACGCGCCCUUACUUUCGAUGCAGCCAAGUGACGCAGGCGAACGUCCUGUCGUUGACAUUGCAGACCAUGUUUCCCACGAUUCCAUGGCUCACCGACGACCGCGCCACUGGCGGACCCAGGCUUCUUCGAAAGCGCCCUCGACGGGAAUCGACUCGCGAGUCCUUCUACGGGUCUUCGUCGUCCUUAGCACCGUCGUUCCCCAUGGUGAAUGCGGCCUUCGACGCAGCAUUCCAUUAUCGUGUCCAGCACUCGAUCGAGUGCCAGCUCGAUGGCACUGCGCCGGUCCAUCAUGUGUUUGCGCUACAACAGCCUGCAAUUGACUUUAUCGGGCAGAUCCAGGCUCGUCGGCCCACUCAUUUCAUCAAGCUGUUUUCAUUUGAGACCCGUGGAAGCCGCAAGUUCCUCGUGUCGGAUAUCGAUGUAUUCUUCGACAAGUACAUGCAAACGCCGCCAACCCAACGCCACGUGUACGAGAUCAUCCAGGCUGACAUGCCGUGCCACUUGUACUUCGAUCUGGAGUUCAAGCCGGCGUUCAACCCACACGUGAACGGUGACGUCCUCGUGCGACAGCUCAAGCACUUGGUCGCACUCCAAUUUUACCGCAAGUUUGGGAUUCAUGUAUCGGCGGAUAAAAAUAUGGUGGAUUUGGUGUCGACUGCCCCGGACAAGUUUAGCCGCCACCUCGUUGUCAUCGCACCGGAUGGCGCGCUCUUCGUCAACAACUUGGAAGCUGGCCAGUUUGUCAAGGAGCUCAUGGACACGUUUGCGCUGCAUGCGGAUGACAGCGGGGAUUUGUCUUUCAACGUGAUGGACCAGCACAACCAACCACAGUCGUUUAUCGAUAUGGGUGUCUACACUCGGUAUCCCAUCCCAUCCUCUCCGAACGCCUCAUCGAGAGUCGCAGGAAUCGAGCGUUUCGGUGUGUGUGGUCGUCCAAGUUUCAGUCGGACCGCAUUCUCACGAGACAUCCAGAGUGCCGCUUACACUUGGACAAUGACAAGGCAUUUUUCCUCCACACGUUGAUCUGUCCUGUGGGGGCUCCUACCGGUCGUCGCCGACUUCUCCGGUGUCCGCAGUUGCUUGCCCGCCACGGCACCUCGACGAGACCAACCACGUACCAUGUGCAAUCUGUUCUAGGCAAGCACGCGGCCCCGAUCCCCCCGCUCGCCGCGUUCGUUGUAGCCCUUGCGACGGCGCAAGACAACGUCCAAGCCGGGAUUCGUGCGUGGCAAGUCAUUCCACAUCGGUCCAUCACGUACCACCUCGUGAACAAUCGGUACUGCCAUAACGUCAGGAGAGCCCACAAGAGCAACAACGUCAUGUACGUGGUCGAUCACGAUCGAAUCGUGCAAAAGUGCCACGAUCCCAACUGCGCCACCUUUACGUCGCGUUCAUGGCCACUUCCAGCAGAGCUCAGGACGGCGAUUGCCUCGUUUUUAGCCUGCGAGAAACACGUCCCAACGUAUGACCAGUAAAGUUGAGACGACGGAAUGGAGUGAUAGCUUGGGGACGAGGGUUGAAAACGCCGACGAACGAAAGGACCAGUUGUAUAUUGCAUCAAGGCAAAGAGCUUGGACUCGUCAGGCCCCAACGGUCUCGUGGAAGGAAUCGCCGAGCGCAAUGAUGUUGGUCGUGUCCAAGACGUCGCCAUGGACAGGUGCGAUGGCGCUCAAGACUGCGGCCUUGGCGAGGGCACCCACCGGACACACUGCCAGGAGUUCGGGGCCGAGCAGAGGUACACGCGACAACAUCGAAGACACCGGGCCCAACUACAGAUCGAGUUCAAAUCCAGUUGAACAAAACCAGAGGACGUACUCCACGACCAGCUAACGCCAAAGGGGCGCCCAAAAGGCCAAGCGGCAAGAACAAAUCCGUGUUGUUCACGUGCACUCGACGGGUACCAUAGACAAAUCCAGGACGGAGGGACACACCCGUGUCGGGGAAGCUGCCAGAUUGACGUCAGAUUGUCCAAUUCGCGGAGGAUGGCGGUGUUGUACGUACUGGGCGCGAACCGCCGCUUCGGCGCGUUCUUUGCCAUUAAAAUAGCCGUACAAAGGCGCCCAUUUGGGAAUGUUGCUUCCGACUCGGGAUUCCGAGAUGAACACAAAACGUUCUGUCCCUGG